ACCUUCUAGCUUCGUCCCCCACUACACUCUUGGGUAUCGCGUGUUCAAGUAUGGUUGCACUUCUCCAACGUCCACUGAAGGGUUCCAGGAUCUCGUCUUUCUAUCCUGUCAAGUCCGUGCCACCACUGUCCUCUCUUGACAGCGCGUUCCAGCUUCAGGAAUACAUCUCGCUGCUCAUUCGUGCCGACGUACAUGACGUGGAAACAAUUGUCUCAUUGCCUGGAGGAAAGUCGGGAGAAAGACGCGAAGGAAGCGAUGGCUCUAAUGGUAGUGAGGGCGACUCGGAUAAGGAUGGUAGGAAUGACGUGCCGGUCGACCCAGCAUGUUGGGUGUACGAGCAACUGAGGCGACUUGCGCAAGACCUUUCUCAUCCACUUAUCACGAUGCUGCAGCAGGAAUGCACCCGAUCCUCCUGCCCUGAAAUGAAGGCGGGCGAAUGGUUGUACCUUUGUGUUGCACACGGAAAUGACGGCGCGACAGAACAAUGCUGCGCUAUUGACUAUAUUCUUCACACAUUGGAUAGCGCGACUGCCCUCCUAAACUCCCCUCGAGCCUUUCCAUCCCGGCUCUCUAUUCCUCAAGCAUCACAUCGCCACUUUUCCUCUCUCGCACGCAGGCUUGGUCGCAUCUUCGCUCAUGCAUAUUUCCAUCACCGCGAGGCCUUCGAGCAAGCAGAAGCAGAGUCAUCGCUAUAUGCACGUUUCCUAGCCCUUACCUCCAAAUUCGACCUAGUUCCCUCCGAAUUCCUCGUCAUCCCUCCCAGACUCUCGAGCAUGCAAGACGAUGACAGUCGUGGCCGACCGCUCAAUCUACUCGAUUCCCACAGCUACCUCAGAGGAGACUCAAGUGACCAAAACGGCAACCGAGGAUGGGACCUAGGAGACUCAUCUUCCAUUGUCAACCUCAGCAUUGGUAACGAAGAUAGAGGUCCUGGUCCAAAGGGUAUCGGCGGAGGUGUUAGCCCUCUUCGCAAAUCCCGUAAUCGCACGGGCACCAUGGUUCAUAGCGAUGCAUUUAAUGUCGCAGAGGAACUAUCCAAAGUCGAGGAGCCGACAAAUCCACUUCAGCAAGCUAUCGACGUAGCUAUCGCUGCUGAAGCAGAUGCUCAGGACCGCGUAGAUGCGGUUCUCCCGACAACUGAAGAGCCUCUACAGUCACAACCAGAGUUCCGACCCCCAGCACAGCCUGAACUUAUUCAGAUCGAAGAGGCUCCGCCGCCCGAAGUUCCUGAGUUGUCCGAAGUGGUUGAUUUACUCGACAUUGUGGCGCCGCCUCCUGCUGAACCUCCAAUACCACCGCACGUAGAUGAUACCAGCGAAGAUAUCACGGAUGCUUCUCUGGACGAUGUACCCUCCAUUGAUCCUUCUGACACAGGUACAGAUGUGGAAGUCCAGGAGGAGUCGCCUCUUCAAAAUGACGACAGUGAAGUAAUUGGGGUGGCGGUGGACGUGCCAUCCGAAACCUUGGAUGUAUCUGCCACUGACCUGGAGGAAGAUUCACAUCCUGCUGACACUGGUGAAGCACCGUCGGAAGCUGAACCUGAAGAGACUGAGCCCGAACCUGUGCCUACGAUAUCCGAAAAGAAGAAUGAACCCCAGGUUGCUGAGGCACCAGUGGAAGAAAUUGAAGUCAAGCAUCCUUCUGCGACAGAAUCAGAAGAAACUCCAUCGAGCGAAGUUGUUGCAGACGAUCCGACCCCAGUACAGGCGGCCGACAGUCAAGCAACGGGACCCUUAACGUCAUCAGAGGAUUCAGAGUUGGAUACUGUUAAGGACACAUCGAUCGAGGAGUUGUGAUGUGAGUUUUAAUAUCGUUUACGCCGUCGGGCGGGUUCCCGAGUAAUGUGUAUCGUCGUGGAUUGCUUUCGUAUAUUUAUCGUUUGCUCAUCGGUUUCACCUUCUGUUACUAUACAAUGUUGUGUUUAUACGGAACUGCGGACUGUUGUACACACGAUCUUCACUCGUCCGCUACCUUGAUGAGCAACUUUCCAACAGUCUUCCCUGUCGUGAGAUCUUUCUCCGCUUGUUGGACACCCUCCGCCGUGAAGGGAUACUCCUUGUGGAUCAAGACUUUCAACUUCUCAUUGGCCACCAGGUCAAAUAGUUCUCCAACGUAGCGACGACCUUCCUCGGCAGUAUAGAUGUAGUUCUUCAAGCUGGUGAUAUCCAGUAUUCAUUAUUGUGGUCAUUAAUUCCAUGGGCAGAAAGACUCACGUAGGUCUGGCAAUCUUGAUGUUCUUCUCAGCCAACCUGAGUGGUGAGAUUGGAGGAACGACGCCAG